CGGCAUCCCUCGGGCGGCGGCGGCGGCGGCGGCUAAGCGAGGCUAGGGGAGGCGAGGGGAGGCGGACCGUGCGGCCGGCCGGUAGAGGGGUGAGGGCGGCGACAGACUGAAGGGGAGCCGGGCCGGUAGGGCCGCCGCCGCCGCCAUGCAGGAAAUCAUCGCCAGUGUGGACCAUAUCAAGUUCGACUUGGAGAUCGCGGUGGAGCAGCAGCUCGGGGCGCAGCCGCUGCCCUUCCCCGGCAUGGACAAGUCGGGGGCUGCCGUCUGUGAAUUCUUUUUGAAAGCUGCCUGCGGCAAAGGGGGCAUGUGCCCAUUCCGCCACAUCAGUGGUGAGAAGACAGUUGUAUGCAAACACUGGCUGCGGGGACUGUGCAAGAAAGGGGACCAGUGCGAGUUCCUACAUGAGUAUGACAUGACCAAGAUGCCUGAGUGCUACUUCUACUCCAAGUUCGGGGAGUGCAGCAACAAGGAGUGCCCCUUCCUGCACAUCGACCCCGAGUCCAAGAUCAAGGACUGCCCUUGGUAUGACCGCGGCUUCUGUAAGCACGGUCCCCUGUGCAGGCACCGGCACACGCGGAGAGUCAUCUGUGUGAAUUACCUCGUGGGAUUCUGCCCAGAGGGGCCCUCGUGUAAAUUUAUGCACCCUCGAUUUGAACUGCCGAUGGGAACCACCGAGCAGCCCCCACUGCCGCAGCAGACGCAGCCUCCAGCAAAGCAAAGUAACAAUCCGCCAUUACAAAGGUCGUCCUCCUUGAUCCAGUUAACGAGUCAGAACUCUUCUCCCAACCAGCAGAGAGUCCCGCAGGUCAUCGGAGUCAUGCAGAGUCAAAACAGCAGCGCAGGCAACCGGGGCCCCCGGCCACUGGAGCAGGUCACCUGCUACAAGUGUGGUGAAAAAGGACACUACGCCAACAGAUGCACCAAAGGGCACUUGGCCUUUCUCAGUGGACAGUGACAGCAGCUGGAGCCAGCUCAGGGCAGCCCCCACUGUUAGGAGCGUGCAUUUAACUGUCUCAUGCCAUGCUGGUUCAGCUGACUGGAGCUGGCCUGUGGGCACAUGGGGGUCAUCGUUCUGAGGGGCCAUGUCCAUUAGUCUAUCAUUUUGCUGUAAUCUUGUUUUUAAAGGGGACAUGUGUUCCAGUUGGGUCCUUCAAGUGGACAUCAUGUUUGUCUAGGUAUCAGUGCCUCCUUUCUGGAAUUUCCUACACACCUGCCCUCUGGGGAGGGGAGGGGAGGGAGUUGCCAGGGAAGGCUUGUGCCUGCGGUUGUGUUGGAAGCUGGCCUUUCCCCUCAGGGCCCCAUUACACACCAAUUCUUGGUGACCCUAGGGGCUGGUGGAUCCUUCACAGCUGUGGCCAGGUCACGCCUGCUUCCUCCUUGUCCUGCUGAAUCCAGAACUGUGCCUAUUGAUGUGAUACAAGGGAGCCCCCAGUAGCAAUCAUGGCCCAAGUGGCCAAGGUCAAAGAGGGUGCAGGGCUCUCCAGUUCGAGGUUCUUUUUCCUCUGGGCUUUUUCCCUGGGGCACCUGCCUGACAGUGUUUAAGGUAUACCUUGAGCUGGAGUUGCAGGCCUUCAGAUAGAUGACCAGUCCCUCUGCACCUACCUCCUGCCCAUCAAGCAUCUGUACUGUCACUCAGACACCUGUGGCACGUGGAGGAGACUGCCUUGUCCCUGAGCCUGGAAAAUGUGAAACUCACCUGCGACCUGCUAGGCAAGUGGGCCUAUCCAAAUAGACAAGAACAAUUUUUAUGAAGUUGAUUAAAGCUUGUUUUUUAA